UUACAAUUCUAGAAGCGUUGUUAUUGUUCUGAAGCAUCGGGUUCGCUAUCAAUUAGUAGCCGACGCUUCUCGUCGAUGGUAAGUGCACGCUGGUCCACCUCCCGCCCUCCGUCAUGAAGCGACUGUUGCUGACCGUGUGUUUAGUGACGGCAUGUCUCGCCGUGCCGCCGAAGAUAGUUCGUCCCUGUCACGUGAAGAACAAGGAGUGCCUCCGCGAAAACCUUGCGGCCAACUCCGCCUGUAAGCCGCGCUUCGACUCAGUGCCCUCCGAGUACAAGAUACCCAUCUUCAAGUUCUACACGCCUUACUUCAACGCUACGUACAUCGACCACGACCUCGUCAUAAGAAACCACAACAAGUGUGCCGUCAGCGAGUUCUUUUACAACAUGGCGUCUGACACUGCGGUACUGUCUCUGGACUGUCCUUUCCUCCGGCUGGAGUCCACGAGGACGCUCAUUCAGCACGCCAGCAAGGCCGAGAACACGCAGUACAGCUUCAAGUUCCACGGAACUUACCCUCUAAUUCGUCUGACCAUCAACUUGCCUCACGCCAACUCCAUCGACCUCUGCUCGUCCUUCACCUUCGCUGACGUCACAGCUCUACCAAUCUUUGACAUCAACCCGACCGAUGUUAAAACAGCCAAGUUCCUGUCCACCGACCUGACGCUCAUGAACAUCUACGAACGAGAGACUUUCUCCUACAGAGCCAACCAGCUCGCCAGGAAAUACAUCAACUCAGAGAUCUGCGACUUUGGAUGCGACUCCUGAACAUUCACACCUUCGACGAUUCACUUUAUAUUAUUUUGGUUUCUAAAUCUUUUCUGCGAGUAUAAAUUCUAAAUAAAAUCUAUUUUAUCGUGUUUUUUAUCAUUUUUAUUGAUGAUUAAAAAGUUCUUCAACUGAA